AUGUUAUCAUCUUUGGUGAAUUACUAAGCAAAACUUUAUCCAGAUUUGAAUUGCCUUAAUUAAUUUCUUAAAUUAGAGAUGAGAUAGUAAUUUAAAAUCCUGUUUAAAAAAUAGGCUUUAGCAUGAAUAAAUAAAGGAUAUCUCAUAUUAUUGCUAAUUACCAAAUAAUACUUUCUCGAGCAAUUGGAUAUCUCCGAUUUUGGCUAAUCUCCAAGAUUAAAAUAGAGUUCAAGGUAUCAGCCUUAAUUUUAGUAUUCUCAGCCAUUCUACUUUGUAAGUUCCGAUAAUGGAGUAAUAGAGAAAAGAAGAGCUCUAGAACAAUUAGAAAUUAAUAUUUUUCAUUUCCUAUCUCAAAAAUAAUAAUAAUAUGUAUGUUGAAUGCAUGUAUCGUUAUAGAAAGCCCUAGGGGAGUUCGAGGCCCAUACUCGAUGAGCAGGAGUGUUUGA